AGAUGUAUAUAAUCCCUGAGUUGACCCAGAAAACAAACUCCUCUGACUGCCGAGACGCCGCAGAGUUUGUAUCCGCCGCAGGGCUGCAUGUAGCCGGAGCAUCAGCUGGAACAACCCCGGCACUGAUCCAACUUCGUACGGAUUCGACAUUAAUACAUCGGGGCGAUAGAGGCCAUGGCUGAACACAUGAUGAUGCCCAUGACCCACGGCUUCAGGAUGGGUAUGAACGGACCUCCGCAGCACAACGGCCAGCCCGGCCUGCGGGCUCUGCCCAACGGCCAGGUGAUGCACUAUGGCAGGAAUCCUCAAAACAACAUGGAGGCUGCCAUGAGGCAGCGGCAGGGCAUGGUGGGACCGGGCGGGAUGGCCGGCCCUGUCAAUGGAGCUCCCAUGGCCAACCACCACCACCAGAUGAUGUCUGGGAACAUGAUAUACAACGGCCAGGGUCCGCAGCAGCAGCACCAUCACAUGCACCCCCAGCAGCAGCAGCAGCAGCAGCAGCAGGGCGGACACCCGCAGCAGUACCUGCCUGGUAACCUCACCUCUCAGCAGCUCAUGGCCAGCAUGCACCUGCAGAAACUCAACACUCAGUAUCAUGGACAUCCUCUGAGCUCAGCCAACGGCCACCACAUGCCCAACGGUGCUCAGUACCGGGUGGGUCCGGCCCAGCUAUCAGGCAUGCAGCACAUCGGUGGCCCUUUGGGACUAAACGGCAUGGACAUGGAUCUGAUUGACGAGGAGGUUCUAACUUCACUGGUGCUGGAGUUUGGGUUGGAUCGUGUUCAGGAGCUACCUGAGCUCUUCCUGGGACAGAACGAGUUUGACUUCAUAUCGGACUUUGUGUGCAAACAGCAGCCGAGCACGGUUAGCUGUUGAGCGAAAGAGGCCGGAAGCUGGUUGGGUUUGUUUAGACUGGACACCCCAAAGAAUGACUGAGCGGUCACAGUAGCACAGCGAGAGGAGACAAUCUCUCUGUUCUGUUUGGGUGUUUCUGUGUCUGUGUUUUUGACAGUGUUUAGUACGCCUUCACACUGACCUGCCUGCGAGUUGAUGAAGAAUUGUAAUGAGAGAAAAACACAGCAAAAGCACCAGGUUUUUCUUCUUUGAGCCGGUGCCAGUAAGAUCUGUCGUCUUUGGCCAAAUUGAGGCAUCCUGAUGCAGCGGGCUCUGUCUGUACCCAUCUGGCCCCUCAGCACAUGUGCCUGCAUUGCCAAGGCUUUGGGAUAAUUGUAAACUUAAAAAACACAACGGGGGAAGGCCUGAAAAGACUUUCCAUCUGGGUCUGUUUGAUUCUGUGGCAUCUCUAAAUGUAUUUUAUCUCUGAUGACACCUUCAAAUAGUAGCAGACGUUUUACAAAUUUAUAAAAGGUAGUCCUCUGAAUUUCUUUGUACAAGGAUGAAGGGAUUAAGAACAGAUUUUCAUUUCUGACAAUUUGUGUGCAUAUUGAAGGCUGGCUCUUCAAAACCAAGUUCCCACAAGAAAUUUCCUUGAAGAGCAGGAGAGGGAGGUUGUGCAGCAUUCCUGGGCGAUGCGACCAGGUUUAUCUUGGAUCGGUUGGGUGAAAUGUGCUACAUCGAUUCUUUAGCUUUCAGUGUCAUUUACCUGACUCCCGAUUAAAUCUGCAAUCAUUAAAUGUAUCACAUCUGUUCCCUGCUAAUCAACUGUGAUUGAAUCAUUGGCAAAGUAGCGCAUUGCUUAGAGUAUUGGCUUAAACAAAGCAUUAUCUGAGACAUUUAGAUGCUCAUUGCGAGCUAAUUUUGGGUUCGUAGAACUGCAAGAACUGUCAAGGAGGAAGAAACCUCUUAGCAUGUGAGAAAUGCCAUUACUGUGGCCUGUUGCAAGAUCCAAGAAAAGCAGCCGUCAGAGGGCGAAGGUGUUGUUAACAGAUCUGAGGUGGGAUUCUUUUUCUAUAACAGCAUUGGUUUAAAAAGAAAAAAAAAGACGUGUGUGACUGCAGGAUUUGCAUUUGUGCAUUGUUUGUAUAUGUCUGUGUGUGGUCAGUGCAGCGAGGCAUUCAAAACCCAUCGAAUGGCGUCCACUUCCCUAAGCCAUGGCCCUGUGUGCUGGAGGCGAUUGGAGGCUGUGCGGGGAGAGAGGGGGGAGAGUUUUUUAUGUGUGGACACAAUGUGUGGACACAGCACUCCCCGGCAGCACUUAGUUUAAUCAUUAUUUAAAUCUGCUACCUGUGGCAUUGAUUUCAUUCAGCAGGAAGAGCGAGCGGAGAAGCACAAAGCGUGCAAAGUUGUUGUUUUUGCCAUAGAUUAGCUUACUCUGCUGCUUUUCUACUGAUUAGAUUUAAAUUACAUGUUCUCACACGCUUGUCUUAAUUGAGGUCGGCUUGCACAUUCUCCAAUGACUCAAUAAUUAUAAAACGGACAUGUUCUGUGGCGCUUUUUUUUUUUCUUUGCGCAGUUGGUAAUUAGGUUUUUGUCAAGGUUGCUGCUUUGCUGCUGCAGGCUGGUCGAGAGAGAACUUCCUGCACUCCUAAUGCUAUUUGUGGAGCUGUCAGAGGGGUCAGGGCUGCACUAGUGCACUGUGUUAAUCUGUUCCAAUACAACUGUGCCGCUGUCCCUGUCUCUCUGGAGAUCUGCCAUCUCUGAGCUCUGGAGUCAAACAAUGGGCAUUGAAACGCUGUUAUGAAGGCAGAAAAGUGCUGCGAGUUAACGCUCCGGUUCACUUUAUGCCUGGCAAAACUGCAGCCAGACAAACUCACAAGCUUGUGGUUGAAAUGGAAAUACUUCUGGCCUUAGUGAGAAAGUGGCCUCUGAUUACUGCUAUAUCAAUAAGCGCAGCCUUUUUUUGUGUAUUGUAUCUUUGUACUGUAGACUAGAGGUGAAGUUGAUCUAGACACAUUUAAGGUACUUUCGAAAAAAACAUUGUCAGAUGUAAAUGUAAAUCAGUGGCUGAUUUUGAUGUGUUGACAAGAGAUUAUAUCCUACAUUUUUUACAAACCAGUGUGUAGAUACAGUAUGAGUAUACCAAUGGUUUUCGAGUGCAGGGCCUGAAGCUUUAAGACCAAGUAGACUGCAUGUUAAAGCAAGCGUGAGGGACGUCACCACUUUCCCACAAAGCAGCUGAGAAUGUACAGUACAACACAUUGUGGGAAUUUGUCUUAAGAUGGUAGAUAAACGUGUGAGAUUGUACUCCUUGUUCCAAAUUACACAUCAUUCAUUUGGGUAAACCCCCACCCCCACCCCCCGCCCCCUACUCCUUUCCCACUUCCCCAAAGCUUUUGUAAUGUUAUUGAUUCUAUUUUAAGAAAAUGUAUUUAUUUUCAAAUAAAAUAUUUAUUUAAAGAAA